CCUCAUGCCUGUUGGGGCUCUUUUAUCAGACCCCAUUGUAAAAGCCCUGCCAGAUUGGAGGAGGGGCCUAUUUGCAUGUUAUUACCAUAGCAUGCGUCAGGUCAUAUAAAACAGGCUGCAGGCGGCCUUGGCCAGAGACUGACGAAACAUUCAGUGAGGAGACACCAGGAGGGAGGAGGCAUGUUGGACCAUUGACCAUCUGGGUUAGACRAACUUCAAACAAAAGCCUGAAAUUUGGCCCUUUUUGGCUGCAAUAAACAAGGAUCCCAACUUUACCCACCAGAUUUACACUUUUCGUUGGAACCGGAGGACUUCUUUUUUUCUGUUUGUUUUUUAUUUAUUUACCUGUAAAAACUUUCUACAAGACGUGGCCCUUUGGUUGGAGGAUUAAUCCUGUUUGGGACAUGAAUCAGAGCAGAAGCAGCUCAUGAGAAAAGCCUGGGAGGUGACAGAAACAAGCUCAAUGAAUCUCUGAGGAGCUGAACCAGAGGAGGCACCUUCAGGACAUUUCACUUUAUUUAUUUGACAUUUAUUAUGUAUUUAUUUAUUAUGGGGCGCGUCACCCUGCUGACCCUCACUGUCAUGUCCAUGUUGUUGUGCCAGGGCUUUUGUUCAGGAGUGUUUGAGCUAAAGUUGCAGGAGUUUCUAAACAAGAAGGGAGCACAGGGCAACAAAAACUGCUGCAAAGGACAUCUGGCGUCCUCUUUUCAGCAGCAGUGCGAGUGUAAAACCUUCUUCAGGAUCUGCCUCAAGCACUACCAGCCCAACGCCUCCCCGGAGCCACCGUGCACCUACGGCAGCACCGUGACUCCUGUCCUGGGCUCCAACUCUUUCCAGGUCCCUGACGUCAUCCCGGAGAGCUCCUUCACCAACCCCAUCAGGAUGAACUUCGGAUUCACGUGGCCGGGAACCUUCUCGCUGAUCAUUGAAGCGUUACACACUGAUUCCAAAGAUGACCUCUCCACAGAGAACCCAGAGCACAUCAUCAGCACCAUGACCACCCAGAGGCACCUGACAGUGGGAGACGAGUGGUCCCAGGACCUGCACACCAAAGGCAAGACCGAACUCAAGUACUCUUUCCGCUUUGUGUGCGAUGAGCAUUACUACGGGGACGGCUGCUCGGUAUUCUGCCGGCCAAGAGACGACGCGUUCGGACACUUCACCUGUGGAGAACGUGGGGAGAUUGUGUGCGACGCCGGGUGGAAAGGCCAGUACUGCACAGAGCCGAUUUGCCUGCCGGGGUGCGAUGAGGAACAUGGCUACUGUGAAAAACCUGGGGAGUGCAAGUGCAGAGUAGGAUUCAAAGGCCGCUACUGUGACGAGUGCAUCCGUUACCCUGGCUGUCUCCACGGGACCUGCCAGCAGCCCUGGCAGUGCAACUGUCAGGAGGGCUGGGGGGGGCUCUUCUGCAACCAAGAUCUCAACUACUGCACUCACCACAAGCCUUGUAUGAAUGGAGCCACUUGUAGCAACACUGGUCAAGGCAGCUACACCUGUUCCUGCAGGCCGGGCUUCACUGGAGCCAGCUGUGAGAUCAAGGUCAAUGGAUGUGCUGGAAACCCCUGCCGCAAUGGAGGAAGCUGUACCGAAUCAGAAAAUGCAUAUCAGUGCACUUGUCCUUAUGGAUUCUAUGGCAACAACUGUGAGCUGAGUGCCAUGACAUGUGCUGAUGGGCCUUGCUCCAACGGUGGACGAUGUGCUAACAACCCAGAUGGAGGUUAUUUUUGCCAGUGCCCCACAGGAUACGCAGGAUUCAGCUGUGAGAAGAAGAUUGACCACUGCACCUCAAGUCCUUGCUCAAAUGGUGCGCACUGUAUUGAUCUGGUCAACUCGUACCUGUGUCAGUGUCCAGACGGUUUCACUGGCUUGAACUGUGACAACACAGGAGAUGAGUGUGCAGCCUAUCCUUGCCAGAAUGGUGGCACGUGUCAAGAGGGUCCUAACGGCUACACCUGCACAUGCCCACCAGGAUCCACAGGCCGCAACUGCAGCUCUCCCAUCAGCCGUUGUGAGCACAACCCUUGCCACAAUGGUGCUACCUGCCAUGAGAGAAACAACCGCUAUGUCUGUGCAUGUGUCCAUGGGUACGGUGGCAGAAACUGCCAGUUCUUGCUUCCAGAACAUGCUGCAAUCCGUGGAUCAGAGGUGCCCUUGAUGGCUAUCGGAUCUGGUGUAGCUCUGGUGCUGCUGCUGCUGGCAGGGUGUGCUGUGCUGGUUGGAUUUUUUCGAUCGAAAGUUCAGCAUGGUGAACAAAWUGAAGUCGUGGGCGACAGAGAAACAAUAAACAACCUGACCAACAACUGUCAUCGCAGCGACAGGGACCUGGCCAUCAGCGUGAUGCCAACACAAGGAGUCAAAAACAUCAAUAAGAAGAUGGACUUCUGCAGCAGCGACCCUGAUGAAGGCUCUUCACCAGGAAGAAGCAGCUAUAARAGCCACCAUCAACCUGCAGACUACAACCUCGCACAUGAAGUCAGCUAUGAGCAGGCAGCGAAGGAGGCCAUGCUGGAGGCAGCCUGCGAGGACAAGUGUCAACCUGUUGAUUUAUUUGAGUUUGAGGAGAAACGCAGCAAACGUUUAAAAUGUGAUGCAUCAGAAAAGAAAGCCCCAGAACUGUCUGCAUGUGUGGACACCAAGUACAAAUCUGUGUUUGUGAUGUCAGAGGAGAAAGACGAAUGUAUAAUUGCAACUGAGGUGUAACAAGCCACGAAUGAGCUGCCUGUUGCUCCGUUGUUCUUUGGGAGUUUUUAUGCUCCUUCAGAUGCUGCUCUAACCCUAGGGGGAGGUGUCCCGCCUCAAGACUGCUGCUGAUACUGAGACGUUUAACUGAUAUUCAGAAUGAGCUGGUUCUCUACUGGUAACUAAGUGUAGGCAGCGGCGGCCUGUGGGAUAAGAAAUGGCAGGGUAAAAAUGGAUAAAAGUUUACAGCAAAAASUAAACUGACCCUAAGUUUUCUGUUUAACCUUUCAUUGGAGAGUAAAUAAARUUAACAUUGUCACAUGGCGUACAAUGCUACAAGUCUUGUUUUUGCAACAUUUGCAGCCAGGCCUUUUCUCUAACCCACAUGCCGUUGCUGAAUGCAGGAACUGCAUCAAAUGGUGGAUGUUUGGCCAUACUGGCCUGCUCUUCACCAGGCUGUUGACAUGGGCUGUGCACCCAAUGCUGCACCUGUGAAGACUGUAUGUAUACAUGAUCACUGUGUUAACUGAAGUGUGUUUUCAUCCCUAAGUCCUCCGAGCCAUUUAUGGCGUAGCAUUGCUCUUUUUUCCCCUCUCCUUUGGAACACAGUGACUUGUUUAUAAAAAAAAUAUUCUUGCUCUUUGAUUCUCAUUUUGCAAAAUAUAAAAGAAGAAAAAUACAAGGAAAAUGUUAUGAUUUAA